UCCUCGACAGGUGGUGGUGUUUGGUCUUCACUGUUUAAAGAGACAAUUAGUGGACGACAUGAUAGAGCAGUUUCACGUAUCUGUAGUAUUUAAUAUGUUACUCAGAGCGCAAUAAUUCUACAGUAGACCGAUACUCUGCAUUGUCAAAAAUCCUGAAUUUUUCGCAACGUAACAGUUUCUUAAUUGAACCAAGGCAGGCUGCAGGAAUUCUUCUAAGGAUAACAGUAAUUUCCUUUACUAUACUAUGGGGUGGGCCUAGGUCUAAUCUGCAUACAGUACAACCAGAGUGCUUACCUCCUAGUUUGGUACGCCGUGCCACCUAACGUUUAGGCCUAGGCUAGGCCUAGAUAGUACCGAGGCUAUAUAGGCCUAGUGGGUCUACGUAACUUACUGCAGCAGUUUAACCUCGUCAAGGGUUGAGUAAUACAGAUCAAUACAGCAUGGAAGCCAUUGCGUUAUAUGAUUUUAAUGGGAAGGAAAGUGACGAGCUUUCUUUCAUUAAAGGCUCGGUGAUUAAGAUCCUAAAUAUGGAUGAAGAUAAACACUGGUACAAAGCAGAACAAGAUGGGUGUGAUGGGAUGGUGCCGAAGAAUUACAUACAGAUGAAACCACAUACGUGGUUCCAUGGGAAACUGUCUCGGGCGGAUGCUGAGAGGCUGUUGAUGAAACAGAAUAUAGACGGCGCGUUUUUGAUUAGGGAAAGCGAGAGUACACCUGGCGAUUUUUCUCUUUCUGUAAAGUUUCAAAAUCAAAUCCAACACUUCAAGGUAUUGCGCGAUGGUGCUGGCAAGUACUUCCUAUGGGUUGUGAAAUUUAACUCAUUGAAUCAACUAGUUGAUUAUCAUCGUACGUCCUCAGUCAGCAGAACCCAAACCAUUUAUAUAAAAGACAUGUUGGUAUCAAAGGAGAGGGUGGAAGCCUGUUUUGAUUUCACUGCCCAGGAUGAAGGAGAAUUGAGUAUGAACAAAGGGCAGUUAAUAGAAGUUUUGGACAAGUCGGAUAAAAAUUGGUGGAGGGGCCGACUAGAUGGCAAGGAAGGAAUGUUCCCAGCUCCAUACGUCAAGCCUGUUACAAACUGAUACUUGGAGAAUGUUUAAUUUCAAGACUGUUACGUUACAUUAUAAUGUUCAAGUGAAGAAGUACACUGGUAGUGGUAGUUAAUAUACCUAUAAGCUACUGUACUGUUUUAGCUUAAAUGCUACUGCUACAAUAUUCUACUAAUUUAAUACUCAUACAUUAAACUCUGUUAUACACUAUGUAUAUAUUGUUAUUAAUGUUGGAGACAGACCUCUAUUCAAACUUGUGGUAAUUGGUAAUUCUGUACUGUAGCUUUGCUGAAACACUCAAUGGUGUAGUAUCUUGGGAAGGGGAGGGGAGAUGAUGCGAUUAUUGGUGUGGGGGGAGAGACAGAAAUUGACAUCUUGGCCUGUAAUUUGUAAGGAUGGUCAAACUCAACAAGUGACCAAUCAGAGCAGAGCCAUGUAUAUGCGCAUGUCUAACAAACACACGUGUUGUUGCACAAACGCGUGUGUCAGCGUAUGUUUUUACAUUACCAUUUUGUGGGACCUUAUCAACAAUAUUAAGGGGCAGGGCCUUAACGGAAAGGUCUAUUAACCAACAACAGUUAGUUUAACGUAAAGGUCUAUUAACCAACAACAGUUAGUUUUCACCACACGACAUUAACCUUAACUUUAACAUUAGUACCUAACAUGCAACGCAAUAGCUAGCUGCGCCCUUUAUGUAAACAAAUUGAAAUACGCAUGAGCAAACCCGUAACUAACGUACAUCGAGCACGUUAAAUCCUGAAAUUAACGUACUCCGCAAUGCAAGAUGAAUAAAUUAUGACGUCAUCUGUUAACGUUAAGUUUAACGUCGUGUGGCGAAAACUACCUAACAUAACGCCACUGAACAUUGUAUUCUGCUGUGGAUAUUGCCGCUUUACAAAUCCUUGAUAUGUUGACAUUUAUUUUGACAUUCAGCCAAGAUUCAUGGGAAAUGCGUGGUACAUUAAAUUUGGUGCAAAUUAGGAUUAGCUUAUAACGGAGGUGAACAUGAGGAACUAGAGUAUAUACAGUAAUUGUAAUUGUUGAAUGUUAUAUGUGUGGAGGUAACAAAUGUUUUCACUCUUUCACGUGUGCAUAAAAACACUAGUUCUCAUCACACUGCAACUGCAUAUGACAGAAUCUCUAAAGACACUUCGCUUGCCACGUAGCACUUUAAGCAUAUACCGUAAAACCUCGAAUUGAAGCCCAAUGGGCUUAAUCUCGAGAAGCCUCCCCCCAUCUUGAAUUAAAGCCCCCUCUUUGGUUUGCAAAAGUUGCCUCGAAAAGAAGCCCAUGGGCUUGGCUUUGCAUUGCCUUUUUUUUCGAGAUAGUACAGUACAUACACUGUACAUGAAUUUCAAGGAAACAAAAACAAGUUUAAAAUGCUUGGUUUAUACAGCACU